CUGUAGGAUCCAAGCCAGUGGUGUCCAUCGAGGGACACAGAGAGGGAGGGAUGGGUCUGCUGUGUGAAACAGAAGGCUGGCACCCUGAGCCUGAGCUGGUGUGGCUGGACAGUAAAGGAGUCCAUCUCUCUGCUGGUCCUCCUGAGACACACAGAGACUUAGAUGGAUUCUACACAGUCAAACGACAUGUCAUUGUCCAGGAGACUGACACCAACCACUUUACCUGCAGAGUCCAACAGAGCAGGAUCAAUGAGAAGAUGGAGACAGAGAUUCACCUCCCUAUUGUAGGAUCCAAGCCAUUUGUGUCCAUUGUGGGACACAGAGAGGGAGGGAUGGGUCUGCUGUGUGAAUCAGAAGGCUGGCACCCUGAGCCUGAGCUGGUGUGGCUGGACAGUAAAGGAGUCAAUCUCUCUGCUGGUCCUCCUGAGAUACACAGAGACUUCAAGGGAUUCUACACAGUCAAACAACAUGUCAUUGUCCAGGAGACUGACACCAACCGCUUUACCUGCAGAGUCCAACAGAGUAGGAUCAAUGAGAAGAUGGAGACGGAGAUUCACCUCCCUAGUGAGUUGUUUGAUUACGCAACCCCAUUGAGAAUGACCUUCAUUGUGUUAUGCUGUCUGGGAGCCAUCACUGUGACUGGGUUAUCUCUGGCUAUCUACUGCAUAUGCAAUAAAAAAGAUGACCUCAAGAAGGAGAGGAAUGAACUCUGGGAGCAGAAAUGUGACCUCUGUAACCAGAAUUAUGAACUCUGUGAGCAGAAAUAUUACCUCACUGAGAAUCGAGAUGACCUCAGGAAGGAGAAGGAAAUCCUGACUUCUCAGCUGGACUUUGAAACCAUCAGAAGACAUGCAGGUGUGUUUUAUACUCUGUGACAUCCACAAAUUAAUACAUACCAUAUGAAAUGUAACAUAUUAUACCAAAUAGAGUGUCUCGGAUGUC